AUGGUUUUAAAUGAUUGUGAAUCAGUAAUUGAUAAUCCCCGUAUUUGUAAGGCUCCAGAAUCUGCUUCAUCAGAGGAUGAUGUCUCUGUAACAAAACUAAUUGAGAUACUAGAUGAUUUAUCCAUUAGUAAAUUUAGAGAAGAGACAAUUAAUUCCACUGAUAUUUCUCCAGAUAGUAGAGUGCAAAGUAAUAAAAAAGAAUAUCAAAAUAAGGAUAUUUACUCAAAAACUAAAUGCAACUACCUUUCAAAUAUCUAUAAUUCUAGAAAGCCAAUUAAAAUAAUAGAAGACUUAGCUUUAGUUCCAAACAAAACCAAACAGGAGUCUGUAAAUGAUGGAAUCAUAGCUAACCAAAUUGAUGAUUUAUUCUUUUCUACUGUCCCUUUGUCAAAGACAAGUACAAUUGACAACUACUCAUUAAAUACUUCAAAUAAACCCCCAUGUUUACUAGUUAAUGGCUGGUAUUGGAGUCCAGAGAAAUCUGAGUACUUUCUAGCGAGUCAUUCAGGUAGGUUGAAGCGUAAGCUCUAUGUAUCACCAAAGAUAUAUUGUAAAAUGAAAGACUACCCACACGAAUAUGAUGGAAUUAGAUGGCUUUGGGAGAGGGUACGUCAAGGAGAAGGAGGAAUAUUAGCGGAUGAAAUGGGACUCGGAAAAACUGUUCAAAUCUCUUGCUUUAUUGGAGCUUUAUUUAGAUCAGAAUUAGCAAAUUUUUUUCUUAUUAUACUUCCUGUAAGUUUAAUACAGCAAUGGAAAGAAGAGUUAAAUAUUUGGUGUCCAAAAAUACCAGUAUUUAUAUAUCAUGGAAGUACUAAAGAUAGGGAAUUGGCUUUAGAAGAAUUAUAUAAUUGUGGACAUGGUGGCAUUUUAAUUACAACAUACAACACAUUAAGACAUGAUGAAUCUAAAUUAAAAUCAAUUCCCUUAAACCUUACAAAAUGCCAAUUUUUCCGGAACUUUAAUGGGUUAAAAAUUUCUUUAGAACAGUAUACUUUAGAGAUAAAACAAAAUCAAAGGAUAGUUAAGGAUAAAAAUAUUGGUAGCUUGAGGGAUAUACAGACUCCUGGAAAUAUCCUUGAGAUACCAUGGGAUAUUGUGGUAGUUGAUGAGGCUCAUAAACUUAAAAAUAACAAGACAAAACUGUUUGAAACUAUAUAUAAAAUUCAGAGCCAUUCAAAAAUAUUAUGUACUGGAACUCCAGUUCAAAAUAGACUAAGUGAAUUAUGGUCUUUAAUUCAAUGUGUAAAACCUGGGUUACUAGGAAAUACUUUACAGUCAUUUAAUAAUAAAUACUGCAGAUAUCUUAAUAAGCUUGGCGAUAGAGAUCUAACUAUAGAGGAGAAAACUUUAUGUCAAUCUGUGAUUAAUAAUCUCUGUAAUACAACUAAACCCUACAUAUUACGUAGGACAAAGAAAAUCAUUGACCAGAAAAAUGAAACUAUUAAUAAGCUAAAUAGAUCAGAUAAAUAUAAUAUAUAUCAAGCUUCUACAUAUUUAAAAAGUGAAAUUAAAAAAUAUGAUAUAGCCUUAUGGCACAAUCUAUCUGCUGAACAAUCAUCUAUAUAUUUGGAGGUUCUUGAUAGCUGCAUAGUAAGGAAUAUAUUGGAAUUUCGUGAAUUAUCAACUAAAGAAAAUAGCCAUAUUCUGGAGAUUAUAUCAAUACUAUUAAAAAUAUGUAAACAUCCUGCUUUUGUAUUGCAAGAUCAAUUUCAAAUUUGGAGAACCCUACUAAAAAAUAACAACUAUUUAAAUUGUGAACUGCAAGAACAAAAAGUAAAAAUAAAUAAUUUGAUUUCACCUUCAUCUAUAGUCUACAACUUAAUACAAACAGAUAUUAAUCUACUGAGGGAGCAAAGCAUGAAGUUACAAAUAUUGUGGGUACUUGUUCCAGCACUAACAGCUAGAGGUCAUAAAAUACUCAUUUUCAGUGAAAGUCUUGAUAUGUUAAAUUUGAUAGAAUUAACUAUUCUUACCCCCAAGCAAAUUAAAUGGAUAAAAUUAGAGGGAAAAGUCCCAAAAAAACAAAGAAUUUCUAGCAUUAGAUCUUUUAAUGAGCAGAAGGAUAUUCUAGUUUUAUUACUAUCUAAACAAAUUGGAUCUGUAGGCUUAAAUCUAACUACUGCAGAUAGAAUUAUAAUCGUUGAUCCACACUGGAAUCCGGCUCAAGAUGACCAAGCAAUAGGAAGAGCCUUCAGAAUAGGCCAAAAAGAAGAUGUAGUUGUAUAUAGAUUAAUAUCAAGUGGUGCAAUAGAAGAUUGGAAGUUUAGACUUCAAAUUCAUAAGGCAGGAAUAGCUCAUUUUUUUUUACAUGGUCAAAAACAAAAGGUGACAUUUACGAAUGAAGAAUUAGCUUUUAUCUUUUCUUAUUUUAGGCCAGAUAGUUGUGAAACACAAAAUAUAUUAAGUUCUAUUAGUAGUGAUACAGAUUACUAUGAAAAGUUGAAAGAGGAUCUUGGUGAUGAAAUAACUAAGUUAGAACCAAUGGUGAUUGGAUAUCUCGAUUGUGCAAAUAUCUGA